AUGUUGCCCACCGAAGUCGAGGCCAACGGCUGGACUGCCGUGCCUGUCAGCGCCAAGGCAAUCAAGGACUCGGUCGGACAGCUUGUACCCACGCAAACCUACACUCUCCAAGACAUCGUUUUCCCUUCUGAGGACAAACUUGUGUCUGAAGCUCAAGCCUUUGUCAAGGCACGGCUAAGUCAAGAAGCUUACAACCACUCUAUGCGAGUUUUCUACUGGGGAUCCAUUAUUGCCAAGCGUUUGCUACCCAAGCACGCAGAGGCCCUGUCCCCGUCCACUUGGGCGCUGACAUGUCUUUUGCAUGAUAUCGGUACUGCUGAGGCUUACUUCACUUCAACUCGCAUGUCUUUUGAUAUCUAUGGUGGAAUCAAGGCAAUGGAGGUGCUCAAAGUCCUCGGUAGCAGCGACGAUCAGGCCGAGGCAGUCGCAGAGGCUAUCAUCCGUCAUGAAGACAUGGGUGUGGACGGUUCGAUUACUUUCCUAGGCCAGUUAAUUCAGCUUGCUACGCUGUAUGAUAACGUUGGGACGUAUGAGGGCAUUGACGAUUUUGGCAGCUGGAUUGACGAAGCUACUCGGGAUAAUGUCAACAAAGCUAUUCCUCGUCACGGUUGGUGCUCCUGGUUUGCCUGCACUGUCCGCAAGGAGGAAUCCAACAAGCCUUGGUGCCAUACUACCCAUAUCCCUCAGUUUGAUAAGCAGAUGGAGGCAAACACUUUGAUGAAACAGUGGGAGUAG